AUGACGUUCCUCACCGCUGAAGCGAUCGACCGCGCCGUCAGCCACAUGAACGAGGACCACGCCGACGGCAACCUCUACAUCGUGCAGGCGUUCCAGGACCGCGCCGCGACCCGCGCCGACAUGGUGACCCUUGAUGAGACCACCGGCACGUGGAGCUACACCCUGGAAGACGGGACGACCAAGACGGCUGUCAUCGCGUUCCCUAACAAGCUCCAGAAGCGCGAUGAUAUCCGCAUCGAGGUCGUCGCUCUCUACAAGCAGGCGUGUACGGAUCUCGGCGUCGCACCUGCCGGCCAUGGGCACGGCCAUGGACACGGCCAUGGGCACGGGGAGAACCACUAG